AUGGCAGACAGUAGGAGGGUAGUCAUAGCCUCCUGGUAUCGCACAUUCAUGGGAAUAAUGAAUUUAUUUGGACUAGAAACUAAGACCUGCUGGAAUGUCACCAGAAUAGAACCUCUUAAUGAAGUUCAAAGCUGUGAAGGAUUGGGAGAUCCCGCUUGCUUUUAUGUUGGUGUAAUCUUUAUUUUAAACGGACUAAUGAUGGGAUUGUUCUUCAUGUAUGGAGCAUACCUGAGUGGGACUCAUCUAGGAGGUCUUAUUACAGUACUGUGCUUCUUUUUCAACCAUGGAGAGGCCACCCGUGUGAUGUGGACACCACCUCUCCGUGAAAGUUUUUCCUAUCCAUUCUUUGUACUUCAGAUGUGUAUUUUAACUUUGAUUCUCAGGACCUCGAGCAAUGAUAGAAGACCCUUCGUUGCACUCUGUCUUUCAAAUGUGGCUUUUAUGCUUCCCUGGGAAUUUGCUCAGUUUAUACUUUUUACACAGAUAGCAUCAUUAUUUCCCAUGUAUGUUGUGGGAUACAUUGAACCAAGCAAAUUUCGGAAGAUCAUUUAUGUGAACAUGAUUUCGGUUAUCCUUAGUUUCAUUUUGAUGUUUGAAAAUUCAAUGUACUUCUCUUCUUAUUAUUCUUCAUCUUUAUUAAUGACGUGGGCAAUAAUUCUAAAGAGAAAUGAAAUUCAAAAACUGGGAGUAUCUAAACUCAACUUUUGGGCUUCCCUGCACAUUGCUGGAUGGCAAAAUGAAAGCAUCUCCAAAAGCCUGACUCUGCUUGGAGGCCCUUUACGCUCAUAUGGGGAGACAAUAGCAUUAGUAGUUGGAAGAAGGCUUGCUACACUUUGGAAAUAG